AUGGCUCCUACAUUAGCAUUUCACUUUCUUUCUUUGGUCCUUUUCUUCGUUACGAUGGGCGAAGGAAUCAUUGUUGAAGACUUGAAAAUUGAGUUGCCAGAUCAAAAGGAUAUUGAGGAAACCAAACAAUCUAAUCAUCUGCAUCACUCAAUCGAUAAAGCUAAACAACCUGAUUAUGAUUAUAAAGUUAAUAUCCAUGAUCAUAAUUCUUGGCUCCCUUGGAGUAGUCGUGAAACCAAGAAACCUAAUUCCUAUUAUGAAGUUAAUACCCGUGAUCCUAAUCCUUGGCACCCAUGGGGUAAUCGUGAAACCAAAAAACCUAAUCAUGAUUAUGAAGUUAAUACCCGUGAUCCUAAUUCUUGGAGCCCUUGGGGUAGUCGUGAAAGCAAAAAACCUAAUUACAAUUAUGAAGUUAAUACCCGUGAUCCUAAUUCUUGGAGCCCUUGGGGUAGUCGUGAAAGCAAAAAACCUAAUUACAAUUAUGAAGUUAAUACCCGUGAUCCUAAUUCUUGGAGCCCUUGGGGUAGUCGUGAAAGCAAAAAACCUAAUUACGAUUAUGAAGUUAAUACCCGUGAUCCUAAUUCUUGGAGCCCUUGGGGUAGUCGUGAAAGCAAAAAACCUAAUUACGAUUAUGAAGUUAAUACCCGUGAUCCUAAUUCUUGGAGCCCUUGGGGUAGUCGUGAAAGCAAAAAACCUAAUUACGAUUAUGAAGUUAAUACCCGUGAUCCUAAUUCUUGGAGCCCUUGGGGUAGUCGUGAAACCAAAAAACCUAAUUACGAUUAUGAAGUUAAUACCCGUGAUCCUAAUUCUUGGAGCCCUUGGGGUAGUCGUGAAACCAAAAAACCUAAUUAUGAUUAUGAAGUGUAUCCUAAUUCUUGGAGCCCUUGGGGUAGUCGUAAAACCAAAAAAUCUAAUUAUGAUUAUGAAGUUAAUACCCGUGAUCCUAAUCCUUGGCGCCCUUGGGGUAGUCGUGAAAGCAAAAAACCUCAAUAUAAUUAUAAAGUUAAAACUCAUGAUCCCAGUCCUGAUCACACAGAAGCUUUUGAGAAGGGAUUUUUCAACCUAGAGGAUCUUCAUGUUGGAAAUGUAAUGACCCUCCAAUUUUCUCAUCAAGAGAUUCCUCACUUUUUUUCAAGAAAAGAAGAGGCUGACUCAAUUCCUUUCUCAGUAUCACAACUCUCUAGCGUUCUUCAACUUUUUUCAAUCCCAGAAGACUCUCUUGAAGCCAAAAUUAUGAAAGGCACACUCGAACAUUGUCAAGAAGAAACUGUCAUAGGAGAGACCAAGAUUUGUGCCAACUCUGUAGAGUCCAUGUUUGAAUUUGUUGACAAAAUAAUUGGUUCAGAAAACAAGCAAAAUAUUCUCAGAACUAGUUAUCCUUCACCUACUGCUGCUCCUCUUCAGAAAUACACCAUUUUGAAGGUAUCGCAUGACAUCGAUGCUCCCAAAUGGGUAUCUUGCCAUCCCAUCCCAUAUCCAUAUGCCAUUUACUAUUGCCACACCAUGGCUACUGGGACUAAAGUGUUCAAAGUCACACUUGUUGGUGAUAAGAAUGGAGAUAAAAUGGAAGCUCUUGGUAUGUGCCAUUUAGAUACAGCUGAUUGGGACCCAAAUCAUAUGAUAUUCAGGACAUUGAGAGUUAAGCCUGGCAAGAAUACUCCAGUGUGUCACUUCUUUUCUAUAAAUCAUCUUUUGUGGGUUCCAUUGCCAAAUUCAAAAGUCAACAUAUGA